GUUUCACCUCUAACUGUCUGUCUUUCUGCACUGUGAGAUUUGUAAUCGGGGCCAUGAGUUGGUUGAGGGAGUCACCGAAAAAGAAGAAAAUUAUUAUCGGUGUCUUGGCUGUAUCCAUUGUGACCCUCAUCCUCGGUCUUGGACUUGGUCUUGGAUUGGAUUUGCAGAGAUGUCAAAACAAAGUCGUCCCCCAUACAUCCUGUAGGAAUCGAUGUUACGAGCCGUACAAUGAUGAGAGCCCCGGCUGUAGAUGUGACAUGAACUGUGAAGCCAGCAACAGCUGCUGUUAUGACUACUACGACAUCUGCACUGUGCCUGCCGAGCAGUGGGAGUGCACGAAGCUGCGCUGUGGAGAGAAGAGGCUGACGCAGAGCAAAUGUCACUGCUCUGACGACUGCUUGUCUGCAGGAGACUGCUGCACAAACUACAAACAUGUCUGCCAUGGAGAGAAAGAGUGGGUGGAGGACCAGUGUGAUGACCUGUUGACCCCCACAUGUCCACCAGGCUUUAAACGCCAGCCUCUGCUCCUCGUCUCUUUGGAUGGACUUCGGGCUGAGUACCUGCAAACAUGGAGCGCUCUCAUUCCUGUUCUGGGCAAACUCAAGAAGUGUGGAACCUCGGCACCAUACAUGCAGGCAGCAUUUCCCAGCAAGACGUUCCCUAAUCACUAUACCAUUGUCACGGGUCUCUACCCAGAGUCCAAUGGUUUGAUUGACAACACGAUGUACGACCCGGUGUUUGACGCCACCUUCAGUCUGUCAAGUCCAGAGAAAGACAACCCUGACUGGUACCUCGGACAGCCUAUUUGGCACACAGCAAAGCACCAGGGGCUGAAGUCUGGGACUUUCUUCUGGCCAGGAUCAGAUGUCAAAAUCAACGGAAGUUUUCCCGACAUCUACAAACCUUACAAUGGUAAAGUGCCAUUUGAGGAAAGAGUAUUCACUGUGCUCAAAUGGCUUCAGCUGCCAGAUGAUGAAAGACCAGACUUCUACACAUUAUAUCUGGAGGAACCCGAUAAAUCUGGACACAACUAUGGUCCUGUGAGUGGAGGGCUGAUUGAAGCAAUCCAGGGUGUGGAUAAGAUCAUUGGCCAACUCAUGAAUGGCCUGAAACAGAUUGGCCUCCACCGCUGUCUCAACAUUAUCAUCGUGGCAGAUCAUGGUAUGGAGGACACGAGCUGCAACAGGAAGGAGGUGCUGCAGGAGCUGGUGGGAGAUGUCAAGAACUACUGGGUCACUGAAGGAACAUUCGGGCGCAUCAGAGCCAAAAACAACGAAACAAUUUUGGAUUCGGCCGGACUCAUUGCUAACAUGACUUGUAAGAAGCCAGACCAAAAGAUCAAGCCAUACCUGAAGGCCAACCUGCCAAAGCGCCUCCACUUUGCAAACAGUCGUCGCAUUGAAGAUGUUAACGUCCUGGUUGAUCCAAAAUGGCUGUUUGAGAGAUAUCCAGGAUCUCUCACAUUCUGCUCUGGUGGGGCCCACGGCUAUGACAACGACGUUGAGACCAUGCAUGCAAUGUUUGUCAGUUAUGGACCCAAGUUCCUGAACAAAACAGAAAUGGAACCCUUUUCCAAUAUUGAGCUGUACAAUCUUAUGUGUGACGUGAUACAGAUCUCUCCUGCUGAAAACAACGGGACCCAUGGCAGUAUGAACCACAUCCUGAGGCAGCCCUACUACACACCAGCGCCCCCUGCAGAACAGAGCAGGCCAGUUCAGUGUCCAUUGAUCAGCCUCAAACCUGCAGACGCCCUGGGAUGCUCCUGUCCUGCCCUGAGUGAUAAUACUGUCAACAGCCGUCUGAAUCUGACAGCAGCAGAAGUGUCCGCUGCAGACAAGAAGCACAUGCUGUUUGGCCGCCCACGAAUGCUGCAGCCUGACCGGAGUUACUGUAUCCUACAUCAGGAGGGCUUCAUCAGCGCCUACAGCCACGAUGCCCUGAUGCCUCUGUGGAGCUCCUUCACUAUUGAUAAGCCUAUGAACUUGGACCCAUUGCCACCGGCGAUGCCAAACUGUUUGAGGCCUGAUAUCAGACUCCCAGCAUCCCAGAGUCCCAGAUGUGACCAGUACAACACUGCAAGGAACCUGACCCAUGCCUUCCUGUACUCACCCAAUCUGAAUGCAACAGCAGAGCAGCAGUACGAUGCUCUACUGAUGAGUAAUGUGGUGCCAAUGUACCCUGAAUUUAAGAAGAUCUGGGACUACUUUCACAGCACCCUAUUGAAGAAAUAUGCCUCUGUUUACAACGGCAUUAACGUGGUGACGGGCCCCGCCUUCGAUUUCAACUAUGAUGGCCGAUUCGACACUCCAGAGCAGAUCCAAGAGUUUAUGUCUGGCACGAACAUCUCCACUCCCACGCACUACUUUGCUUUGCUGACCAGCUGCAGGGACUCAGCCCUACCAGUUACCGCCUGCGUUGGCGAGCUGCAGACUGUAUCCUUCCUGUUGCCUCACAGACCCAACAACUCAGAAAGCUGCAAAAGUACACAACCUGAAUCUCACUGGGUUGAAGAUCUCAUGUGGUUCCAUCAGUCACGAGUCAGAGAUGUUGAGUGGAUCACAGGAUUGGACUUUUACCAGGACAGCAAUCGACCAGUCCCAGAGCUGUUGAGGAUGAAGACCCGCCCCACAGCUGCCAUUCACAGAAAACAGUGAAAUCACUCUUCCCCACAAGAAGAAAUCACCAACAUCAAUAUUCAGUAUCUAUUAAAGUAUUGUACUAUUCUGUGUUUAGUCUUAAAUUGUGUUAUCACUUUGUCAACACUGGACUAAAGGUACCUGUUAUCUAACAGUGACAUUGUUUAUUUAUUUACUUCUCAGUUUAAAAGUGUACUAUUUAAUCUAUUCUGGUGAUUUUAUCCUGUUGAUUUUCUUAUAAUAGAUAUUUAGAGGUUGUUUCAUGCAAAGCCCAAAUAAGAUGAGCCAACACAGGUAUUUAAGGAGCAAAACUUGAGCAAAUCUUUGUUGACCUUGUGGUCUUUUAGAGCCAUUAUGCUACAGAACAUUCUACAGUAAAUGUGAUCAAACACUUGUUUCUUUUGUUGUUGCUUUAGUUUGGUAAAAUUUGGGAUUUUAGGCCUAUUUGUCUGUUUAUUGUACAAGGAAUUAGAACAUUGUCAAACAUUUUUCAUAGCCCUGGUGAGUACAAGUAAAACACAACCCUGUCUCACUCCAAAGUCGUUGAAAUCCAGUGCUUGGGCAGUGACUUGCAGCAUCAGACACAGACGAAAAAAGCCGUCCUUAAACAUCGGCACGACUUUCACCAGGGAGAGCGGUGUUCGCGUUCCAUAAGAUUAUAAAGCCAAACCCUGUUCUUUUUUGUGCUUUUGUUGCCUAAACCCAACCACACAAGAGACUGUACAGUAUGUAAACUGUACAUUUCCUGUGAAAACAGAAGUGUAUUUUGAAAGAAGAUGAUGCAUGUAAAUGGUAAAUGGACCUGCAUUUGUAUAGCGCCUUUCUAGACAUCAGACCACUCAAAGCGCUUUUUAGUCACAUUCACCCAUUCACACACAUUCAUACAGACUGGAGGAGACGGGGAUCGAACUGUUGAUCUUCUGCUCUACCUCUGAGCCACAGCCGCCCCAUGUAACAGGCUGCAGGUGAUAUGGCUUCCCAGAACUUCAACAUCCAAAGCAUCCAUGCAUGUUGCAUGUUGUAUCUGGACGUGGAAAGUCCAUGACCAAACAUCAGUAUGUGAUGAGGUCAGAGUGAGAAUGUGUUGUAAAAUACCAUUCACCUCUAGCAGAAGUUUCAGAGAUGAAUAGAACAGAAACCCAAACUGUCUGAAUGGCAAGGUACUAGUAAAUGAGACUAUGCGCGUUUGUCAUUUGUCUGGAGUGUCUGUUUAAAGGUUUUUCUCAUGUUGUACCAGUCACUGUUGAUAAAAACUCAAAACAGUCAGCACAGAUUUUGGACCAAUUUUGACAGAAUUUUAUAAUAACCUGUGACAUAUUUCAAUUCAAUUCCAGUCAAUUUCAAUUCAGUAGAAGUCAAUUAAUUUAUUCCAAAGGAAAUGCUUGUACCAGAGAAUGCUUCAAAUUACAGUAACACUUAAAACAGUCAUUUCUGUUAUACAACAAUUUAACAGUUAAAUAAGCAAGGCUGAUUAAGAAAUGUUGAAAAAUGAGGACAAAAUAGAUAAUUUAAGCAUUUUAUUUGUCUUCCGCCAACAAAAAUAGUUCCCUCAGGACUCCGCUGUCACCGUUGCUAUGUAACGCAGACAUGGUGCGCCAGGCACUUACUCUUUAUACACAUUUAUCUGCACGUUUCCAUUAAUUGUGCAGCCGGUGAAAUAAGUCUCUGGUGACUGCAUGGUGGACUGUGGCUUCACAGGCACAGCCGACUCUGCCUUCUGAUCUGACAGUAUGUUGCUUUUCUCCAAGUCAUUGAGCUCCGCUGAUGAAACACUGACAAACCUGGAUGUGUGCUCAGAUGGAUUCAGCUUCUCCUCUCCCUCAUCUUCCUCUGAUGACCAUUCAUAGUUCAAUUCAAAACUUAUUUUAGGAAAUAAAUCCAUAUUUUUGGCUGUUU